GAAGAAUUUCGCAAAUAUCUAUAGAUAAGAAAACUUAAAUAAACUGAACUUGACAUACAAAUUCAAGUAAAAGACAAGAAAUUAGAGACGAUGGUGCGUUAGUUAAACAAUAAAUAUAUUAAGAUAAUUUAAGUGCAACAAACAAAUAGGUUAAGUUAAUUAUUAUGCCUUAAACAAAAAAGUCUUCCAAUAUGUCAAAAAGUAAGCAUGAUGAUCCGCACAUACCUCACCUUACUAAUUCGGAAAUUGUUGUGACAAGCCUCUGCGCAGGCGCGGGGGCGGGUGCGUUGGCCAAAACCAUCAUCGCGCCGUUAGAUAGGACGAAAAUUAAUUUUCAAAUUGGGCAUAGACCGUAUUCCACUAAAAGAGCCUUAAAGUUUUUGCUGGAAACUUACAGAAGGGAGGGUUUCUUUGCGUUAUGGCGUGGCAACAGCGCAACGAUGGCGCGCAUCAUCCCACACGCAGCCAUACAGUUCACUGCGCACGAGCAGUGGAAAAGAAUAUUAAAAGUAGAUCAGACGGGGAAAUCUCCGGGACGAUUGUUUUUGGCAGGGUCCCUGGCAGGGGCGACGUCUCAGUCCCUGACGUACCCCCUUGAUUUCGCAAGGGCAAGAAUGGCGGUGACGCACAAACACGAAUACGCAACGCUGCGACACGUUUUUUACAAAAUAUACUCGACAGAGGGAAUCUUGACUUUUUAUAGGGGGUACAUACCCACAAUAGCUGGAGUCUUGCCCUACGCGGGGGUCUCCUUUUUUACAUACGAUACGUUGAAAAGACUUUAUAGAGAAAAAUUUCACGAUAGUCAUAACCCCCCUCCCAGUAUAUCACUGCUAUUUGGAGCAGUGGCGGGGAUGUUGGGGCAAACUAGUAGCUAUCCAUUGGAUAUAGUACGUAGAAGAAUGCAAACAGAUACUGUGGGAAAAUAUCCUUCAAUUUACAAAACUCUUAAAUAUGUUUACACGAAUGAAGGUCUGCGCAGAGGCCUCUACAAAGGUUUGUCAAUGAAUUGGAUAAAAGGACCAAUAGCAGUGGGGAUUAGUUACGCCACCUAUGAUAGCGCGAAAUCUUUUUUGCGAAACGUCAUCGUGAAUUAUAGGGAAGGCACUUGAUGUAGAUAAAAAUGUUGUCAAUUAAUUAUUAAUAUUUUUUUAUGUUUAUUAAUAAUGAUAUUGUACUUUUGUACACUAUGUUAAUUAUAUUUAAAGACAUAUAUUUAUUGUUGCCUGGAUUGUUG